AUGGCUGCUCACUCCCAGCCACCUCGCGUCGCUUUCCCUCUCCAACUCUCUCGCCCUGCUCUUCUCAUCGUUUCUCUCUGCCAACGAUCCCACAUCUCUCACCUCCGUGUUCCCCCCCACGUCCGUCCUCGCCUCCCCCUUGUUGUCCUUAACCUCUCGCCUCGUCAUCCAGGUCGUCGUUUCUCCACUUUCGCCUGCCUCUUCGCCCUCCUCGGCCUAGCCUUUCUCCUCCUCCUCCUCUCCCGCCGUCUCAAACGCCUCUCCCUCUCCCUCCUGCGCCGCACUGCCUCCUUCCUCUCUCACUCCCAGUGCAUCCUCUACUUCGUCCUCCUCCUGUUGCUCCUCCAAGUCAUCGUUACAGUAUCACUCGCUGCUGUCAUGAGGAAGGUGUUUGUCCUGUGCUCAGUGGCAUCCGGGGAGGGCGAGGCGUCACGCAUAUGUGAAGCGUGGCUGCUCCCUCUCGCCUCGCAGCUCGACAACCCGCCGCUGCUGCUGCUCUCCGUGCUGCUGCUGCUGUGGGCCUUUCUGGUCCUCUCCAUGCUCAUCUCCCUGCUAGUGGCUGCUCUCAUGGGCCACGGCGUGACCGCAGAGGAGGGGGACCACGGGACGGCAUCCCGCGUGGACAGCACAUCGUGGAAGUUUCUGCUGAAAAUGCUACUGCUGCUGCCAACCCUGCAAUCACGGUCCUUUCUUCCUGCAACUCCCCCACCAAUUGCUCCCUCACCCCGUGACCCCCGCGCCCUGCACUCUCUCUGCGGGCUCGUCCUCACGCGCUCCCUGGGCACAGCUGCAGCGGUGGCGAUGCUGCUCAUCGUACUGUACAUCCUCUUCACCGCACUCAACACCUGGCUGGUGGUGUACGUGUUUGCGUCUUUGGAGGUGCCGGGGCUGCUGACUGGCUCUGCUGCUGCGCUGCUCACCGUGGCGGAACUAGUGCUGAUGCACGUGUUUACCUGGUGA